AUGGUCGCUGCUCGACGGGAACACGCGGUGUUGGAGGCCUGUGGGUCCUGGGAGUCGCGGAAGCGCGAACUGCGGGACGCACCUGUCGGCACCACUACGCGGGCAGCUACAGAGCCAAACGGGACUGUCUGCGUGCACGGCAGGCAGCCUAGCGGCACGGACUACUGCGAGCCUCGUCUGGGCCUCACAACGGCCCUGAGGACUACUUCUCACACUGUUCUACCUUUGUGUGCCAAGAUCUCUCUGCCGGCCAAUAAUAGCAGACGUAAUUGCGACGAUCGUCCCUUACCAUUUACGCACCCCUACACCACCAAUUUUGUGCCAAUGUUCCCUCCCGGCAGCCUUGUUCUCACAAAGAUAAAAGGGUUCCCCGAAUGGCCCUCGCGUGUAAUUGACUAUGAGCAGCUUCCGGAGAAAAUACGCAGCAUGAAGCCAGGCUCUGCGCCCGGCAGAAAGCGCCGGCGUGCCGCGUCCGAACCGCAGCACGUGUGUGUCAAGUUCUACGGCGACGACGAGUAUUUCUGGUGCACAGAAAAGGAUCUGAAGCCCCUGACCGACGAGAUGGUCACGGAGUACCUCAUCAAGAAGGGCGAAUUGCCCGACUCGGACGGCAACUUCCGUGCCAAGCGCGCGUCCAAGGUGUCCAGUCUGACCAACGCCUACUUGUGUGCCAACAACAAAGACGUUUCGCCGCAGGACUUUGCGUUGUACGGCAGUUAUGGCAAAGUGGGGGAGGAGGACGAGGAUUACGUGGAGGAGGCUGAGGAGGAGGAGGACGAGGAAGAAGAAGAAGACGAGGAAGAAGAGGAGGAGGAGGAGGAGGACAGCGACUCCGAUGAGGAAGCGUAUGGACGAUCCAGCAAGAGGAAACACAACGGGUCGCACGGCGCCAGGAAGAAAGCAAAGGUCGAGCUUGUUGAGGACCUUGACAGCGACUGGGGGCUGGAAUCGGACGUGGAGGACGCCGGGCUCGAUAUUCCGCCGCUGAACAGCGCCGAGCUGGUCGACGAGGUCAAGAAGAGCACCAAGUUUUUCGGCGACAUAAGGGUCCAGAUCCAGAAACUCGCGUUUCCACCGGAACAGCCUGUGGACUACGCCAAAACAGGCAAGGAGCUGGAGCCGCUGGUCAACAAACUCUCGAGCUACAAGCCCGUUUCUCGGGCCGUGCUCAAAUCGACCAACAUCGCCAAGGUGCUGGUGCUGCUGCUGAAGAAGCCGGAGUUUGCGCGGCUCAGGGUGGCCAAGAAGAUCGGCACCGUGCUGAAAAACUGGCUUGGUCUGCACGUCGAGCCCGACCCACGCUGGAGCGACGACUACGAGCCGAGCACGGAGGCCGAGGAGGACCAGAAGGAGGCGCCCGCCGACGAGGUCAAGCAGGAGCCCGCGGGCGAGCCGGUGCCGGCAGCCAACGGGGGCGAGCGUGUACAGUAA